AUGGCGGAAACGCCGGCAGGUUUGCGUCAGGCGUGCGAAGCAUUCACGAAGCGGUUAGAGGUAGCUGGUCUAAGGGUGAACCCAGCGAAGUGUGCAACGCUCACCAUGGUUCCCUCCGGACGAGAUCGGAAAGUGAAGACCGUCGAUGAGGUAUACUCCCUUGGGGGUGUAGUCUUGCCGACACUUGACGUUUCGUCUCUAUGGAGAUAUCUUGGUGUAUCGUUCACGGGUAGUCGAGUCGAUGUGUUCGACAGCGCGGCGUACGUAACGGCGUUGAAUCGGAUCUCCUCGGAGCCGAUGAAAGCCCAAAUGCGACUAGCCAUCGCCAGAGAUUACCUCGUUCCGAAGUUCGUUCACGGACUGACGUUCGCGGUAACAAGCGUACGAAGGUUACGGUAG